UCGGACGGAUUACACUUUUUAACUCUUGUAUGAACGCCGAAGGUUCGUCUGUUCCAGGAGCAGCUAUCCUGUCAUUUACACCAAAUAUUUGAUUCUUUUAAGAAAAAAAGAAAAAAAAAAGAAAAAAGAAAAAAAGCUGUUCGACUUGUUGCGUUGAACCUGUCGGCUGUUGCUCGGCGCUGUUCAGAGGAGGCUGAUGUGUCCCGCACGGCCGCUGGAAGUUACUUUAAAGUCUUGAAUGAAUCCGAACUGCGGUCCAACUGUGAAGAGAGGACAUUAUGUCGACGCGCGUGGAAAUAAGUGAAUAACAGAGAGCUACUGACCCCCUCAACGCGGUCCGGGAUACAAAGGCUGUCGUGGAGGGUUCCCAGUCCUGUGUGGGAUGUUAACAGACUGGUGGCGCGUUGUGGCUGAAGGAGCAUGGUGAAACACCAACCCUUACAGGUCUAUGAGAAGCAGGUCUUUGUGUCCUUUGUCACUGGGAUCUAUGGUUGCCGCUGGAAACGCUACCAGCGUUCCCAAGACGACAGCUCCAGGUGGGAGUGUACAUGGUUCAUCAUCUUGUGCAGCUCUUUCCUUCUGCUUCUCUUCUGGGCCUACUUCUGGUCGGUGGCUCAAAAUGAUUUCAACGAGUUCAACUUGUCCGUAUACAACCGCUCCGGAGUGUGGAAGGAUGAGACGAUCCCCCUCCUCGCCUCCACCACCGUGGGGUUCAGCUACAUAACAUUCUUAUUGAUCUUAGCACUUUUCCACAUAUCCCUGGGCCAGCAGCUGAACCUCUACUGGGUUCACAAGAUCGGAGUGUUGGCUACGCUGCUCACCACCAUCUCUGGUGUUAUCACUGUCGACGACAUAUGGAGAGACGAGUGGGACAUCCUGUUCGUGUCACUGCAGGCCACUGCACCUUUCCUGCACAUUGGAGCCCUGGCAACAGUCACAGCUGUCAGCUGGUUGGUAGCUGGAUACGUGAUUCGCAGGGAGAGAUCCAACUUCCAGAUCAUGGUGUUGCUGGUCUACGCCCUCGUCCUCGUUGCUCUCUACUUGGCGCCGCUCACGUUCAACUGCCCCUGCGUCAUGGACCGCCACAGCCUCAAACCUCGACCAGACAUCAUUGGCCGGCGGGGAGCUCCUAUGCUGGCUCCAGAACACACCCUGGUGUCCUUCAACCGAGCCCUGCAGCACGGAGCCAGCUCCCUGGAGGCAGACGUCACCAUCAGUGUGGACGGAGUUCCCUUCCUAGUGCGCGACCGCACCUUGAGACGAACCACGGACGUCAGUAAGAUCUUCCCCGCCAGGCAGCUCGAUGACGCCUCUCUCUUCAACUGGACGGAGAUUCGCUCUCUGAACGCAGGACAGUGGUUUUUGGAGAGUGACCCCUACUGGACAGUAGAGACACUGACAGCCAGGGAGCGCAGCAGGAUUGGCAACCAGACGGUUUGCAGUCUGACGGAAAUGCUGCGCCUGGCGUCCAGGGCCAAUGUCUCCGCGCUGCUCAACAUCCGCAAACCUCUGCCAGAGCACCCCCGCAGCCGGAACUGGUUCAUGGACACACUGUGGGCUGUGCAGAAAUCGGGGAUUUCCCAGAAGAGGGUGAGGACUGUGACGUGGACCCCCGACACGGACAGAGGGAGGGUGCGAGGGCUUCAGCAGGCCGCGAAUGAGAAGCUGUCGUUGGAAGAGAUAAGGCAGCGAGGAAUAACAAGCCUGACCCUCCACUACAGCAAGGCCAGCCACAGAGACAUACAGGAGUAUCUGGCCAAUAACGUGAGUGUGACUGUCUACCCAGUGAAUGAGCCCUGGCUCUACUCCAUUCUGUGGUGUAGCGGGGUGCCUUCUGUGUCCUCUGAUGCCCCCCAAGUCCUCCGAAAGGUGCCUUACCCCAUCUGGCUCAUGAGCCAGAACGCUUACAACUUCAUCUGGAUCUCCUCAGACCUGCUCUCCCUCAUCAUAGUCAUAGGGAUUUUCUGCUUUCAGAAGUGGAGGAUGAGUGGGAUGCAGAACUAUAACCCAGAACAGAUCAUGCUGAGCGCCGUGUCGCAUCGGACCAGCCGUGACGUCAACAUCAUGAAGGAGAAGCUCAUACUCUCAGAACUUGACAACGGACUGAGCAGUACAGAGGAGCUCUCUCUUUACCCCGAGAACGGUUAUGCCAGAUACUCUCAUGGAGGCCCCAGCCGCUGAACGGAGCGCACUGCCACGGCCGGAGAACCUCGGACGCCACUUUCA